GGGGAGGAGAGGGGUAGGGAAAGAGUGGUGGAGAAGCUCUGAAUUUAUUGAGGUCAGUACAUAAGGGAAACAGUUAAAGCCUUUGUAGAAGACUGAUCAAUCAGGAUCAGGAGGGAAAGUAAAUCUUUAAGGUUGUGUCAUCAGGUUAUUGGAAAUCUGUAAUUUUCUCUGUUCCCAAAAAAUAAUGUUGAAGGUCAGAAAUAAGACCAUAAGACAUAGGAGCAGAUCAGGCCUUUUGGCCCAUCGAAUCUGCUCCACCAUUCCAUUAUGACUGAUACAGCGGCGUGCAAACGUUUGGGCAACCCUGGUCAAAAUUUCUGUUACUGUGAAUAGCUAAGCGAGUAAAAGAUGACCUGAUUUCCAAAAGGCAUAAAGUUAAAGAUGACUCAUUUCUUUAAUAUUUUAAACAAGAUUACUUUUUUAUCUCCAUCUUUUAUAGUUUCAAAAUAACAAAAAAAAGGGAAAAGGGUCGGAAGCAAAAGUUUGGGCACCCUGCAUAGUUAUUACUUAGUAACAUCCCCUUUGACAAGUAUCACAGCUUGUAAACGCUUUCUGUAGCCUAAUAAAAGUCUUUCAAUUCUUGUUCGGGGGACUUUUGCCCAUUUUUCCUUGCCAAAGGCUUUUAGUUCUUUGAGAUUCUUGGGCUGUCUUGCAUGUACUGCUCUUUCGAGGUCUAUCCCCAGAUUUUCGAUGAUGUUUAGGUCGGGAGACCGUGGCAUAACCUUAAGCUUGCGCCUCUUGAGGUAGUCCAUUGUGGAUGUUGAGGUGUGUUUAGGAUCAAGAAACAGAGGAGAAAAUGGCGGCGUGAUGCAGCAUGCACAGCCUCUCCGGAGAAUGGAUAUCUGUUACGUGUUAAGUAGGGAUCCGUGCACAAUCCUGAUUUGAUGGAGGCAGACGUGAGAGCGUGGAGGAACAUCUGGAGAAACUUCUGAAAUGCCCGCUUUGCUGCCGCUGCUGCAGUGCGGUCCGGAAUCUCUGGAGGAGCAGGCCUCCGAGACCGGCAGCUGGGAGGAGGUUGAAGGCACGCGGCAGAGGAUGGCGCUCGGGAGGCUGUAUCGGAGGAGCUGGUCGGAGGCUCGAAGUUUUUGGACGGACUCAGAGUCUGCUGUCAUCGGGUGCUUCCAAGGCAUUAAUUGUCAGUGCCUGGAAGUUUAUGGCAGGGAGAGUUUCUCCCGUUUGCUGCCUGAUUGGACUAUUGGAAUCGAUUGGGACUUGAGACUUUUACACCACAUCCAUGGUCUGCUUUUAUCAAAUUACGGUAUUGUUUUGCACUGCCGUAACUAUAUGCUAUAAUUAUGUGGUUUUGUAAGUGUGGGUCUUGGUUUGUCCUUUUUUUAAAAUUUUGUGAUAUCACUCCGGAGGAACAUUGUAUCAGUUUUUAAUACAUGCAUGCAUGACAAUAAACGAGGACUGAGUAUCCUCAUAAUCUAAUCUAAUCAUUAUCCUGUUGUAGAAGCCAUCCUCUUUUCAUCUUCAGCUGUUUGCUUCUUGAAUUUGCUGGUAUUUAAUUAAAUUCAUUCUUCCCUCUACCAGUGAAAUGUUCCCCGUGCCACUGGCUGCAACAUAAGCCCAAAGCAUGAUCAAUUCACCCCUGUGCUUAACAGUUGGAGAGGUGUUCUUUUCAUGAAAUUCUGCACCCUUUUUUCUCCGAACAUACCUUUGCUCAUUGUGGCCAAAAAGUUCUAUUUUAACUUCAUCAAUCCACAGGACUUGUUUCCAAAAUGCAUCAGGCUUGUUUAGAUGUUUCUUUGCAAACUUCUGACUCUGAACUUUGUGGUGGAGACACAGGAAAGGUUUCUGAUGUCGCUGCACAGUGGAACAGUGCACCACCACUCCAGAGUCUGCUAAAUCUUCCUGAAGGUCUUUUGCAGUCAAACUGGGGUUUUGAUUUGCUUUUCUAGCAAUCCUACGAGCAGUUCUCUCGGAAAGUUUUCUUGGUCUUCCAGACCUCAACUUGACUUCCACCGUUCCUGUUAACUGCCAUUUCUUAAUUGCAUUACAAACUGAGAAAACGGCUACCUGAAAACACUUUGCUAUCUUCUUAUAGCCUUCUGCUUCAUUUAUUUUAAUUUUCAGAGUGCUAUGCAGCUGCUUAGAGGAGCCCAUGGCUGCUGGUUGUUGGGACAAGGUUUGAGGAGUCAGGGUAUUUAUAAAACUUUGAAAUUUGCAUCACCUGGCCUUUCCUAACAAUGGCUGUGAACAAGCCAUAGCCCUAACAAGCUAAUUAAGGUCUGAGACCUUAGAACCAUAGAACACUAUGGUGCUAUACUGUACCAUAGCACAGUACAGGCCCUUCAGCCCAACAUGUUGUGCUGACCCAUAUAAUCCUUUAAAAAAAACUUUUACCUUGGUAAAAGUUAUCUGAGAGCUCAAAUCUCUUGGGGUGCCCAAACUUUUGCAUAGUGCUCCUUUCCUUUUUUUCACUCUAAAAUUGUACAAAACAAAAAUAAUACACUAAUCUUGCUUAAAAUGUUGAAAAGAAUGUUUCAUCUUUAACUUUAUGACUUUUGGAGAUAAUAGACAAUAGACAAUAGGUGCAGAAGUAGACCAUUCGGCCCCUCGAGUCUGCACCGCCAUUCUGAGAUCAUGGCUGAUCAUUCACUAUCAAUACCCAGUCCCUGCCUUGUCCCCAUAUCCCUUGAUUCCCCUAUCCAUCAGAUAUCUAUCCAGCUCCUUCUUGAAAGCAUCCAGAGAAUUGGCCUCCACCGUCUUCCGAGGCAGUGCAUUCCACACCUCCACAACUCUCUGGGAGAAGAAGCUCCUCCUCAACUCUGUUUUAAAUAACUGACCUCUUAUUCUCAAUCCAUGCCCUCUGGUACUGGACUCUCCCAACAUCUGGAACAUAUUACCUGCCUCAAUCCUAUCAAAUCCUUUAAUUAUCUUAAACGUUUCAAUCAGAUCCCCUCUCAAUCUCCUCAAUUCCAUCCGUUCAUCUUCCACUCAACUAUUAACAGUAAAAGAAAUUUUGACCGGGGUGCCCAAACUUUUGCAUGCCACUGUAUAUUACCCCUCUCAACCUCGUUCUCCUGCCUUCUCUCUGUAACCAUUAAUACCCUUACCUAUUACCCUCUGCUUUAAAUGUACCUAUUGAUUUAGUCUCCACAGCUUACUAUGGCAAUGAAUUCCACAGAUUCACCACCCUCUGGCUAAGAAAUUCGUCCUCAUCUUUGUUGUAUUGAAUAACCUGGUGGCACUACCUUCUGAUCGGCUCCUUUUCUGAUUCUGAAUGGUAAAGUCCUCUGCGAAGGCUGAUUAUGCAAAAAUAGACUUCAGUGAUGCAAGGAGCCAGGAGGGAAGAGUUAAGUAUAUCGCAGUGCACAUUAUGCCCGACCAGAUGAUGCAUUUUGGUGGAUCCUCAGAUCCCUGUGCCCUUGCUUCUUUAUCCAGCAUUGGCAAAAUCAGCAAUCAGCAGAACAAAAACUACUCCAAACUGCUCUUUGAUUUGGUGAACAAACACUUGCACAUUUCUGCUGACAGGAUGUACAUCAUUUUCCAGGAUCUGAAUCCCGCUAAUGUUGGCUGGGCUAACACCACCUUUGCCUAGGUUGUGAUCCAAAGACCAUUCCACCAUAAUAUGCACAGUAAUAGUUUUGUUUGUUGUCGUAUAUUAAUAGUGUUAAUAAGACAGAAAUGUGAUUCUUGAUAUCAUGUUGGUGAUUCCUUUUAACAAUAAAUUAAAUUCAGCAAC